UGAGUCGCUCAAGCCCCUUCUCACUCAAAUUCCAGCCACGAGCGCAACGAUGGAGCGGUGACACUUUAUUUUGGUGUCGGAGACGAGCCAGGAAUAGCCAUUCUCCGUACUUUGAACUGGACGAGGAUGUCAACUCGGGCUGCGCUGGUCGUCGUCGUCGUCGCGUGCCUCGGUAGCAGUGCGACUGCCUCGCCACCGCCCUGCAACUUCACAGUACUGAGCGCGACGUUUGAUAUCAUGACGGCGUCCCAGUGUCAAUACGCGACCAACUAUACGUUUUUGCCACCGAGUACGGAGCCUACAGCCGCCGACGUCGACGCGAUCUGCGCCGCGCCCGCGUGCCAAGGGCUCAUUCCGCUCCUCACGACCCACGCUCCGUCGUGCGUCGUGGGGUCCGUGGAUUUUGGUGCGUUUGCCGCAUCUGUGAAAGCGCGCUGUGGGAACGGCAGCACCGACGUCUCGCACUCGACGACGAAUCCGCCGCCCAUGACUGCGCCCGGGUCGGCAUCGAGCCUCUCGGCUGUGAGCGCGCUUCCUUUCCUCGUCGCGACCAUCGCCGCAUUCUUGCCCUAGAUAAGGCUAAAAAACUCUAGGUGAGUACUGUAGCUGAUGGAAUCUACCUCGAACAUGCAACUUGCGCAGCAAGAAAUAGGUUGAAUCUCUG